AUGAAAGUAACAUCCAUUGCUGGUCAAUGUGCACUUUUGUUGUGCAUGGCUUUUAUGGUAGCCGCAUUGUGCAUGUCGACAAAUGUGUUGUUGGCCCAACAAAUUUACUUGUCUUGUUUGCCAGGAAUUCCUGCGAACAACUCUGACUCCUCUUACUUGAACUUUUUGUCGAAUAGGGUUGGUGGUUCGAUCAAUUCAUGGGGAGAUGCAUACUCUGCCGUUUCCGCCAGUUUAGAUCAACCAAUUGCUGUAUCGAUUUCAAAGAGUAGUGGAGAAAUCUUCAUCACCGAUUACAACCAUGGAAAAUUGAGAAAAGUGAAUCCAUCCACCAAGAUUAUUACUACCUUGUCAAGCUCUAUCAAAGGUCUUUACACUGUUCAUGUUGCUGAUAAUGGGGAUGUGUAUGCAUCGAGUCCAAGCCAAAUCUUUAAAAUUCAUCCAACUAGUGGUGCUUUGACAGUGAUUGCAGGAUCAGCCAGCAACAAGGGAGAUUCUCCAGAUGGAACUAUUGCUACAAGCGCUUUGAUUAAUUUUCCAAAAUCCAUCCAUGUCACAAGUGCUGGUGUCUAUUUCACAGAUUCUGGCAAUCACAAAGUCAAGUUGAUUGGUACCGAUGGUAAGAUCAAGACUGUCGCCGGUAAUGGUCAGAAAGGUUUUUCUGGUGAUGGUUCUCAAGCUACAAGUGCCUCAUUGAACAAUCCAUAUGCAGUGGUCGUCACUUCAACCAAUGUCAUGUACAUUUCAGAUUCAGGCAAUGGUCGUGUAAGAAAGAUUGAUACUAAUGGUGUCAUUUCGACCUACGUGGCUCCUACCACUGGAGCAUCCAACAACAUUAAAGUUGGAAAUCCAACAGGUCUUGCAUUGAAACCAUCCACUGGAGAACUCUUUAUCGCAGACAAUGCAUUUUCGAGAAUUUUCAAAGUUGACAAUGCUGGUGUGACCACUGUUUAUGCAGGUACUGAUUACGGAGAUACUGGUGAUGGUACUAGCACUGCCAAUGCUCAGUUGAAUAGUCCUUUUGGUCUUGCAUUCUCAUCAUCAGGAGAUUUAUUCUUUUGUGAUACGUUCAACAACCGAGUAGCCAAGUUUUCUGCUGCAGAUAAUUUACUGUACAAUGUUGCAGGAAAUCAACAGGUUUCAUUCUUUGGAAAUGGAGUGAAUGCUUUAAAUGCCACGUUCAGUUAUGACUCCUCCAUUUUUGAAUAUAAUAAGGAAAUUUAUGUGGCUGACACCGCGAACAACUUGCUGAGAAAAAUCUCAACUAGUGGAAUGGUGACAACCAUUGCUGGAAAUCCAAUUGGCGGUUUUGGUGAUGGAGGACAAGCUAUCAAUGCCUUAUUGAACGGACCUAAAUCAUUAUUUGUUAGAUCCAAUGGGGAAGUAUAUUUCGUAGAGGUUGCCAAUCACAAGAUUAGAAAAAUUUCAACCAGUGGAGUUAUUUCGACUGUAGCUGGAAAUGGUUUGGAAGGGUUCAGUGGAGAUGGCUCAGCAGCUACAAGCGCAACUCUUCGCUUCCCUCAAGGUGUAUUCUUGAAUAGUGCUGGUGAAGUGUUCAUUGCAGACACUGGUAAUGCAAGGAUUAGAAAGAUUUCUACAAGUGGAGUUAUUACAACCAUUGCAGGAACAGGUGAGAGAGGUUUUAGUGGAGACGGUUCUGCAGCAACAAGCGCUCAACUUAACUCUGUCGUAUCAUUAUUCGUGACAUCGAAUGGCGAAGUGUAUUUCCCAGACGGAAAUAGAAUUAGAAAAAUUUCAUCGAGUGGAAUCAUUUCAACUCUGGCAGGACAGGAAGAUGCUGGAUUUUCUGGAGAUAAUGGCCUUGCAACGGCUGCCUACCUCAAUAACCCUCAGAGUGUGGUAGUGACAGGUCAAGGCAUCUUUAUUGCUGAUACAGAAAAUAAUCGAAUUCGUAAAAUUGGUUUGGAUGGAAUCAUUCGAAGUGUGGCAGGAACUGGUACUAGAGAUAACAACAAGGCAGACAAUAUUCUUGCAACAUCUACUCCAGUAUCGCCUCGUUCAUUAGCUUUGACUUCAUCUGGAUCCAUUCUAGUGGCAGACAUUUUUGGCAAUAUCAAAACAUUGGCAAAUUGCUCUUGUCCAACAGGAUAUUAUUCUCAAUGUGCCUCAGCUCCUCCUGUUCAACCCUCACCCAAACCAUCUCCUUUACCAAGUAUUUCGACCAAGCCAGGUAUCUCCACAAAGCCUGUCAUUUCUCAAAAACCUGGUGACUCUGUGAAACCAAUGAACUCAACACAACGAGGAGUUGCCUCAAGCGCAACAACUUUCAAUGUUGGAUCAUUCAUUGUGAACACUAUGAGCUUGUUGGUUUUAUUUUGGUAUAUGGUUGUAGUAACGAUGUUGCAAGCAUGA